UAUUUCUCUAUUUUCUACCCAAGUUUCAGUUUUUAACUUGGGUUUGUUUCCCCUUUGUCUUUGGCUCAGCUUCCUUUUCCUGUUUGGUUUUAAGUAGAGUCUAAAAAUCCAGUUGCUGUCUUCAGAGGGUCUGUGGUCCUCUGAGCAGUGCAGCCUGGUAGGAGUAAAGGACUGGCCUCCUCAGGACACCCGUGCUAAAGCCUUUCCGCCAUGGCCUCGGGUGAACAGAGUAUCUGCCAGGCUCGGGCUUCCGUGAUGGUCUACGAUGACACCAGUAAGAAAUGGAUACCAAUCAAACCCGGUCAGCAGGGAUUCAGCCGGAUCCACAUCUACCACAACACUGCCAGCAACACCUUCAGAGUCGUGGGAGUCAAGCUACAGGAUCAGCAGGUUGUGAUCAAUUAUUCAAUCGUGAAAGGGCUGAAGUACAAUCAGGCGACGCCAACCUUCCACCAGUGGCGAGAUGCCCGUCAGGUCUACGGCUUAAACUUUGCCAGUAAGGAAGAGGCGACCACGUUCUCUAACGCCAUGCUGUUUGCCCUCAACAUCAUCAACUCCCAAGAAGGAGGCCCCUCCGCGCAGCGGCAGGCGCAGAAUGGCCCCUCUCCCGAUGAGAUGGACAUCCAGAGAAGACAAGUGAUGGAGCAGCAGCAGCAGCGUCAGGAGCCUCUGGAGAGGAGAACCUCGGCCACAGGGCCCAUCCUCCCACCGGGGCACCCCUCAUCUACAGCCAGUGCGCCCCUCUCCUGCAGCGGGCCUCCACCCCCACCCCCACCCCCUGUCCCGCCCCCGCCUCCACUGCCAGCAGGAGGAGCACAGGGGUCCAGCCACGAUGAGGGCUCCGUGUCCGGACUGGCUGCCGCCCUGGCUGGGGCCAAGCUACGGAGAGUCCAGCGGCCAGAAGAUGCGUCUGGAGGCUCCAGUCCCAGCGGGACCUCGAAGACUGACCCUAACCGGGCGAGCAGUGGGGGUGGAGGAGGAGGCCUCAUGGAAGAAAUGAACAAGCUGCUGGCCAAGAGGAGAAAAGCAGCCUCCCAAACAGACAAGCCGGCUGAUAAAAAGGAAGAUGAAAGCCAAACGGAAGAUCCUAGCACCUCUCCAUCGCCAGGGACCCGAGCAGCCAGCCAGCCUCCUAACUCCUCAGAGGCUAGCCGGAAGCCUUGGGAGCGGAGCAACUCGGUGGAGAAGCCAGUGUCUUCCUUACUGUCCAGAACCCCGUCUGUGGCAAAGAGCCCUGAAGCUAAGAGCCCCCUUCAGUCACAGCCUCACUCUAGGAUGAAGCCGGCCGGGAGUGUGAACGACGUGGCUCUGGAUGCCUUAGAUUUUGACCGGAUGAAGCAGGAGAUCCUGGAGGAGGUGGUCAGAGAGCUGCACAGGGUGAAGGAGGAGAUCAUCGAGGGCCUGACCACCCAGAGGCAGCAGAAGGAAGCUCCACACCUGGGGGUUAUCAGAGUGACCUGGGCAAGAGUGGUCUCCAUGUAUAAAAGGGCGGGGAGCUGAAUGCAGAGGGCUGGCUGGUCUGAUGGGAGGGGGGCAGGCCGGGAGCCCCAAACCUGGCCUCCUCCCCAGCCGGCUGGCACAAGGCGAGUAUUGCUGUAGGCUCUCCCAUGGGUGCAAGGACCGGCCACACCACUACCGGGGCAGAGAGCACUGGGUUCCUGUUGGUCCAGUUCCCCUGAGGCCUGGGCUGGGGAGAUAAGGAGUUAAUGAAUGAAGAGGGAGCCAGAGCCUAGAGGCAACACCAAGGCCAACUAUUAACCUGCUUUAUGGCCGGCACCCCCCGCCCCCGACCCAGGUCAGCAGUCAGGCCUUCUGCAGUGUGCACAUGGGGAUCUCCAGCCUCCACAGGGGUGGGCACACAGAGGGGUCAGCCCCACCCCUCAGUUCAGAGCCAAUGACAGGCCCUUUUUCCUCAGCUUCUGGCCUCCAGACCCAGUGGGGUCUGUCCAGGAAAAGGGGAGCCCUGGGGAAGGCCUGAGCCGACGGGGGAGAGCAGCAGAAGGCCCCGGGGAGGGGGAGCAGCUGCUUCGGGGUUCAGAGGGAAGAGGGCACGCUUGGCAAGAAGGCGUGAGAGGGGAGGAGGAAUGGCAGAGCAGACCACACGUGCCUUUACUGUCACCCGGAAGGUUCCUUCAAACACCAUACUACUUUGGUCUCUGUCCUCUCUGGUCCCUGAUCUCGGUGAGCCUGGGUGGGGCGACCGAGCAGGUGAUGACACCAAGAAGUGGCCACAGCUGGGAUAUGGGGCAGGGCCUGAGCGGGAGCCAGUCCCAGCUUGGCAGUGUCUGUCC